CCAAUGAUAAUGGAGUCUAUUGAUCCUAUUGUCCACGGAUGAUAAGUCCAUUAAGCACCGAUUUGUGCCAAAUUAUUUUCGGAUGGCAUUUUCAUAAUUUUCUGGGCGAGAAAAGGCCAUUUUCUUUGGAUAUUGAAGGCUACAGUUCACGGAUUCGGCCUGAGGCUAUUUUUCAAUGAUGAUUGAGUCCAUUAAGCACAGAUUUGGGGGGAUUUAUUCCGGGUCAAUUUUUGGCAGAUUCCAAAGGGGUACCAUCACAAAUUUUGGGCGAUUUUUCGAAAAUGUCAUUUUCUUUCGAUUAUGGAGGCUACAGAUCACGAAAUCAGGCCGAGGCUAUUAUCCACGAUAAUGAAGUCCAUUGAUCCUAUUCUCCAUGGAUGAAAAGUACAUUAAUCAUUGAUUUGUGCCAAAUUAUUUUUUGAUGGCAUUUUCGUAAUUUUCUUGGCGACAAAAGGCAUUUGCUUUGGAUAUUGAAGGCUACAGAUCAUGGAUUCGGCCUGAGGCUAUUCUUCAACGAUGAUUGAGUGCAUUAACUCCGUUUUGGGAGGAUUUAUUCCCGGUCAAUUACCAUCACAGAUUUCGCCGAUUUUUCCGAAAUGCCAUUUUCUUUCGAUUCUGGAGGCUACAAAUCACAGAAUCAGCCCUAGGCUAUUCUCCACCGAUAAUGAAGUCCAUUGAUUCUAUUCUCCACGAAUGACAAGUCCAUUCAGCACCGAUUUGUGCCAAAUUAUUUAGUGAUGGCAAUUUUUUAAUUUUCUCGGGGACAAAAGGCAAUUUUCUUUGGAUAUUGAAUGCUACAGAUCACGGAUUCGGCCUGAGCCUAUUCUUCAACGAUGAUUGAGUGCAUUAAGCACCGUUUUGGGAGGAUUUAUUCCGGGUCAAUUUUUGGCAGGUUCCAAAGGGGUACCAUCACAGAUUUCGGGCGAAUUUUCAGAAAUGCCAUUUCUUUCGAUUCUGGAGGUUACAAAUCACAUAAUUAGUCCGAGGCUAUUCUCCAAUGAUAAUGAAGUCUAUUGAUCCUAUUCUCCACGGAUGAUAAGUCUAUUAAGCACCGAUUUGUGCCAAAUUAUUUUCUGAUGGGAUUUUCGUAAUUUUCUCGGCGACAAAAGGCCAUUAUCUUUGGAUAUUGAAGGCUACAGAUCACGGAUUCAGCCUGAGGCUAUUUUUCAAUGAUGAUUGAGUGCAUUAAGCACCGUUUUGGGAGGAUUUAUUCCGGGUCAAUUUAUGGCAGAUUCCAAAGGGGUACCAUCACAAAUUUCGGGCGAUUUUUCUGAAAUGCAAUUUUCUUUCGAUUCCGGAGGCUACAUAUCACGAAAUCAGGGCGAGACUAUUUUCCACCGAUAAUAAAGUCCAUUGAUCCUAUUCUCCAUGGAUGAAAAGUACAUUAAUCACCGAUUUGUGCCAAAUUAUUUUCUGAUGGCAUUUUCGUAAUUUUCUUGGCGACAAAAGGCAUUUGCUUUGGAUAUUGAAGGCUACAGAUCACGGAUUCGGCCUGAGGCUAUUCUUCAACGAUGAUUGAGUGCAUUAACUCCGUUUUGGGAGGAUUUAUUCCCGGUCAAUUACCAUCACAGAUUUCGGCGAUUUUUCCGAAAUGCCAUUUUCUUUCGAUUCUUGAAGCUACAAAUCACAGAAUCAGCCCUAGGCUAUUCUCCACCGAUAAUGAAGUCCAUUGAUUCUAUUCUCCACGAAUGACAAGUCCAUUCAGCACCGAUUUGUGCCAAAUUAUUUACUGAUGGCAUUUUUUUAAUUUUCUCGGCGACCAAAGGCAAUUUUCUUUGGAUAUUGAAUGCUACAGAUCACGGAUUCGGCCUGAGCCUAUUCUUCAACGAUGAUUGAGUGCAUUAAGCACCGUUUUGGGAGGAUUUAUUCCGAGUCAAUUUUUGGCAGGUUCCAAAGGGGUACCAUCACAGAUUUCGGGCGAAUUUUCAGAAAUGCCAUUUCUUUCGAUUCUGGAGGCUACAAAUCACAUAAUCAGCCCGAGGCUAUUCUCCACCGAUAAUGAAGUCCAUUGAUUCUAUUCUCAACGAAUGACAAGUCCAUUAAGCACUUAUUUGAGCCAAUUUAUUUUCGUAUGACAUUUUCGUAAUUUUUUUGGCGACGAAAGGCGAUUUUCUUUGGAUAUUGAAGGCUACAGAUCACAGAUUCGGCUUGAGGCUAUUAUUCAACAAUGAUUAAGUCCAUUAAGCACCGAUUUGGGGGGAUUUAUUCCAGGUCAAUUUUUGGCAGAUUCCAAAGGGUACCAACACAGAUUUCGGGCGACUUUUCUGAAAUGUCAUUUUCUUUCGAUUCCGGAGGCUACAAAUCACGAAAUCAGGGCGAGACUAUUUUCCACCGAUAAUGAAGUCUAUUGAUUCUAUUCUCCACGGAUGAUAAGUCCAUUAAGCACCAAUUUGUGCCAAAUUAUUUUCUGAUGGCAUUUUCGUAAUUUUCUGGGGCUGCGAAAGGCCAUUUUCUUUGGAUAUUGAAGUCUACAGAUCACGGAUUCGUCCUGAGGCUAUUUUCAACGAUGAUUGAGUCCAUUAAGCACCGAUUUGGGCGGAUUUUUUCUGGGUCAAUUUUUGCCAGAUUCCAAAGGGGUACCAUAACAGAUUUCGGGAGAUUUUUCCUAAAUGCCAUUUUCUUUCGAUUCUAAAUGCUACAGAUCACGAAAUCAGGCCGAGGCUAUUCUCCAACGAUAAUGAAGUCUUCUCCAACGAUAAUGAAGUUCAUUGAUCCUAUUCUCCACGGAUGAUAAGUCCAUUAAGCACCUAUUUCAGCCAAUUUAUUUUCGGAUGGCAUUUUCGUAAUUUUUAGGGCGACGAAAGGCGAUUUUCUUUGGAUAUUGUAGGCUACAGAUCACAGAUUCGGCCUUAGGAUAUUCUUCAACGACGAUUGAUUCCAUUAAGCACCAAUUUGGGGGGAUUUAUUCCGGGUCAAUUUUUUGCAGAUUCCAAAGGGGUACCAUCACAGAUUUCGGGCAAUUUUUCUGAAAUGCCAUUUUCUUUCGAUUAUGGAGGCUACACAUCACGGAAUCUGGACGAGGCUAUUCUCCAUCGAUAAUGAAGUCUAUUGAUCUUAUUCUCCACGGAUGAUAACUCCCUAAAGCACCGAUUUUAGCCAAUUUAUUUUCGGAUGGCAUUUCGUAAUUUUUUGGGCGACGAAAUGCCAUUUUCUUUGGAUAUUGAAGGCUACACAUCACGGAUUCGGCCUGAGGCAAUUCUUCAAUGAUGAUUGAGUCCAUUAAGCACCGAUUUGGGUGGAUUUAUUCCGGGUCAAUUUUUGGCUUAUUCCAAAGGGCUACCAUCAUAUAUUUCGGGCGAUUUUUCCGAAAUGCCAUUUUCUUUCGAUUCUGGAUCCCACAGAUCACGAUAUUAAGCCGAGGCUUGUGAGAAGUCUGGCGGGUUACAUUGAGAUCCCAGUAAGGUAUCUAGUGUUCUAGACUUUGUAAAUUUGCUUGCCUUGCAGGAUGUGGGAUUUAUAGGUCCACAGUUCACCUGGACGAAUAGGGAAUGGGUGCGGCGUGUAUUAUGAUUAAGUCCGUUAAGCUUUGAUUUUGGCAUAUUUAUUUUCGGAGGGCAUUUUUGUAACUUUUUAGCGAUUUAUUUUGCAAUGCCACUUUUCAUGAAUUUUGAAGGCUACAAAUUACAGAUUCGGCCUGUGGAUAUUCAUCUUUGAUAAUUAAGUCCAUUAACCUUCGAUUUGGGGGGAAUUCUUUCGGGUCGACUUUUGGCAGAUUGCAAAGGGGUAGCAUCAAAGAUUUCAGACAAUUUUUUCAAAAGGUCAUUUUCUUCAUAUUUUGAAGGCUAUUGAUCACGUAUUCUACCCAAGGUUGUUCUCCACUAUUAAUCAAGUCUAUUGAUCUUAUUCUCCAUGAUGAUUAAGUCCAUUAAGAAUCGAUUUUGGCAAAUUAAUUUUCGAAUGGGAUUUCAGAAUUUUUUGAUCGAUUUAUUUCCAAAUGCCAUUUUCCUUGGGUUUUGAAGGCUACAGAUCACAGAUUCGACAUGAUGCUAUUUUUCCUUGACGAUUAGGUCCAUUAAGCACCGACUUGGGGGGAUUUCUUCCAUGUCGAUUUUGGCAGAUUUCAAAGGGGUACCAUCACAGAUUUCAGACAAUUUUUUUGAAAUAUCAUUUUUCAAUUUUGACAGCUAAAGAUCACAAAUUUGGCCCUAGGCUAUUCUCUACCGAUGAUGAUUCUAUUAAUCUUAUUCUCUACUGAUGAUUAACUCCAUUAAGCACCAAUUUGUCACGGUUCUGCCUGAGACUUUUCUUCACCGAUGAUUAAGUCCAUUAAACAGUGAUUUUAGUGGAUUUCUUCCGGAUCCAUGUUUGGCAGAUUCCAAAGGGAUAACAUCACAGAUUGUGGUCGAUUUUUCUGAAUUAUCAUUUUCUUUCAAGUUUUAAUGCUACAGAUUAUGGAUUCGCCGGAGAUUAUUCUCCAGCGGCGACGAAGCCUAUUGAUCCUAUUCUCUACAAAUAAUUAAGUUAAUUAAACACCAAUUUGGAUGAAUUUUAUAGAUAGAUAAUCCAAAGGGUUAUAGGUAUCAUAUGCCCCUCUAUUAUGCAGUUUUAUCAAACAUGCCCCUCUACUAUUUUUCACAUCAAACAUGCCCCUAUACUUUGCAAAAAUGAUCAAACAUGCUUCUGUUAAUACUUUCAUUGAAAAAAUCGUCAACCAUGGUUGAACCGAGUUUUAGACUACUCUACAUAGGCAAAUGAGAUGAAAAAUGUUAGUUUUGUCCCCUGAUUUAUUUCUCUAGGUCUUGUUAAAGUGAAAUCAUUAUAGGUAUUUGACUAUACAAAAGAACCAAAAAAAAUUCUAAAGUGAAAUUAUUAGGGAUAAUCUAGACAUUUGAGUCGACCAAAUCAAGGUUAGACCGUGGUUGACCAAUUUUGGAUGAAAACUUUAACAUAAAAGCAUGUUUGAUUAUUUUUCCAAAGUACAAGUGCAUAUUUGAUGUUAAAAUUUGUAAGGGCUGAUAAAAUGACAAUGGGCGAAGGGAUGAGUUAGCUUGGUUACUAAAUUUCUAGUAGCCACCUUGGCUACAUCAAUAUCCACCAUCCAUUUUUAUCUUUUUCCUAUUUUUUUAAUCUCACGAUUAUGAUUGCUCAAGGAUAAUUUUGGAAACAAAAAAUAAACCACACUGGAUUAUUCUAUAUAUACACAAACCCUAAUUCUACCCUGCACCCCCCUCCCCCCGCCGACCCACCCCUCCCCACCCCCCUGAAAAGAAAAGAAAAGAAAAGUCACGAUCAUCGCCGUCGGAAGUUAGCGCCGGUAAGGAAUGAGUGGGUUGUCAGCAGCUUGUAGGGCAGGUACUUCGCCUGUAAUCAAAGAACCUCUCUCUCAAUCUCGGCAAUCCUUCAGUCCUUCCUCCGCAUUAGAAGGAGCUCUUUCUAGAGGUAAACCUCGUUUGCCUUACUCAGUAUCCAGCCAGUCCAAUACCUCUGAUAAAGCCCAGCUCAAACCAGUCGAUCGAAGCUACAUUUCUCGAGCUCUGUCGAGGAAAGACUGGUCUUUGUUAUUGAACCACGAGCUGAGAGCCCAGAGGAUAGCCUUGAAUCCGCAGUUUGUCGUUAGCGUUCUGCAGAAUCAGGAUAACCCAUUGCUCGCUUUGAAAUUCUACGUCUGGGUUACUAGCGUCGACCCGAUUUUCAACAAGGAUCAAUCGGUUAGGACAACUUUAGCUAACUCGCUUUAUCGGAAGGGUCCCGUUCUCUUAUCAGUUGAGUUGCUUAGAGAUAUUAAGGACUCCGGGUUUCAUGUUAAUGAAGAUUUGAUCUGUAUUCUGUUCUCCAGCUGGGGAAGAUUAGGAUUAGCUAAGUAUUGCAAUGAAAUAUUUGGACAGAUUUCCUUCCUUGGUAUUAGUCCUACGACGAGGCUAUACAAUGCGGUUAUUGAUGCAUUGGUGAAGGGGAAUUCUCUUGAUCUAGCGUACCUAAAGUUCCAGCAAAUGAGUUCUGAUAACUGCAGGCCUGAUAGGUUUACUUACAACAUUCUCAUCCAUGGAGUUUCGCGAGUUGGGGUAAUGGACGAGGCAAUCCGACUAGCCAAGCAGAUGGAGGGUUUUGGGUAUUACCCUAAUGUGUUCACCUACACAAUCUUGGUUGAUGGAUUCUGCAAUGCCAAGAGGGUCGAUGAAGCAUUCGGUGUUUUGAACACCAUGAGGGCUCGGAAUGUUCACCCUAAUGAAGCUACUAUAAGAUCGCUGGUUCAUGGCUUGUUUCGUUGCCUUCCCCCUGCCAAGGCAUUUGAACUUAUGAUCGGGUUUAUUGAGAAGGAGGCUAAGUUGAGAAACUUGGCUUCUGACACUUUGCUCUGUUGCCUAUCUGAGAACUCCAUGGCUGAAGAAGCUGGUGCGCUGUUGAGAAAGCUUAGCGAGACAGGCUAUGUACCCGAUGGUUCCACAUUUAACACCACAAUGACUUGUUUGAUAAAAGCCUUAGAUCUCAAUGAGACGUGUAAGAUUCUUGAAACAUUUAUAAAACGAGGAAUGAAGUUAGGAUUCAACAAUUACCUAUCAUUGAUCGAAGGAUUAUACAGGGCAGGAAAGUGCCUAGAGGCUGAUAGAUAUUUUGAUCAGAUGGUGAGUAACAGGCUUCUCGCAAAUGCGGUUUCCUAUAACAUGGUUAUUGAUUGCUUGUGCAAAGUCAAUAUGACAGACAAAGCAGGAAAAGCUUUUCUAGAAAUGCAGCAAAAAGGUAUUACUCCAAACCUUGCGACGUUCAACACUCUUAUAAGUGGUUAUAGCAAGAAUAGAGAGGUUAAUAAGGCAAGGAAUCUGCUGGAGAUGCUUUUAGAACGUGGAUUUAAACCCGACAUAUUCACUUUUACUUCGCUAAUCGAUGGCCUUUGCCGAGCACAACGUCUCGAGGAUGCCUUUGGCUGUUUGAUGGAAAUGGUCGAUUGGGGAGUCUCUCCAAAUGCAGUUACUUACAAUAUCAUGAUACGUUCCUUGGGUGCCACUGGUGAUAUUGCUGGAUGCGUGAAAUUAGUAAAGAAGAUGAAAAUGGAUGGAAAGGGUCUCGAUGUUUCUUCUUUCAAUGCUCUCAUUCGAGAUUUUUGUAGGACGGGAAGAGUGAGGAAAGCACAGAAUCUUCUUGUUUCCAUGCUGAGGGAAGAACUGGUUCCUGAUAACCGUACUUUUGCUGCUCUUAUCAAGACACUUUGUGAAUCAGGGAGAUGUAAUGAAGCUAAGGAGAUAUUUGAAACGAUGGAAGCUAAUGGCUGUCUUCCGGAUUCUGUUACAUGUGAUUUGAUUGUGGAGAAUCUACUCCAGCAAGGCCGCUAUGAAGAAGCCAACAAUGUAGUGAAAGUCUACAGUGCAAAGGGACUAGCCGUAAAAUCCAUCAGCGUAUAGUAGGAUCGAACUGCUAUGUCCUUAUUCCUUUUUAGUGAACCUUGCUUGUUGUCAUUGAGCUGGAUGAAUCAUCUGUCCCCGAGAAGGACAGAGCAGGCCUAAUAGUGAGCUGGAUGAAUAUUUGCUAUGGAGAGGCCUAAUGGAUUGCAUAAUGACUCUUACUUUUGCAGUUAAGGAUGAUGCGGCAAGUAAUGGAAUGGUUGAGGUGAGCUUGAACACUUUCUGCUUAUAUGCUGUUGUAUUCCCAUAGUAACUGCAUGCUGAAUUGCUGAUUAUAUCUUAACUAUAGGAACUGUUAAGAUUGAGCUAAAUUAACCUAGCAUACACACUUAUUGGUCAUGUUUGCAUAACUCUGCCAUUUCACAGGCAUAGUUCUGGUAGAGAAGCAUAUAUAGAACUGUUGGCUAUGUUUGAUUUGCUCUAUAGUGUCCCACUUCUGAGUUUGGCACAAGUAACUAAGGUGUAGGAGCUACCUGAACAUUACAUUUGGCUAGUAUUGCAUCAUAUCGGUGAUUCCCAACCUUUGCCAGUUCAGUGAACUGCUUCACUAUCAUGGAUCACAGUGUGGUUUUUACUUUCUCAGGAACUUAGUUUAUCAGGCAUUCGAUGUUAAGAAACUUGUUGAUGCGGAGUCAAAAGAGGCAGCUGCAAAAGGUUAAACCUCAGCGCCACUCUUAGCCACUGAUGAUGUUGACGAACGAAUCCAAUAUAGACCGAAAGCUCAGUGUGCUGGAUAAGUCGAACAAAGCCCCUGAGGAGUCGCGGGGUUUAAAGAUGGGUUUGAUGUGUGCGAGAAGAGCUCAAACCGAUAUCUGUAUAAUAGUUGUUAUAGAUGAGCCUUAUCAAAGAUAAUAAUGGCUAUAAGCUUGAGCUUUAGUAAACAGCAUACUUCUGUUGAUAAUGUGGGCACUCAUGAUUAAAAGAAUGGCCAACUUGAUUGAUCAGGCCACUACGAUUUUAAACCACUGAUAAAUGAUGAGCGAAUUCGUCAUGAAAUUGUAACUAUCCAGGAGACCAGGACUUGAUCACUGGACUAACUUGGUGGUGUUGGGAUCAUUGAAUCUCAAUCUAUCACGAAUAUAGGUUAGGGCGUCAU